AUGGAGAUAGUGUUGUGGUUUCUUAAACCAAGAAGAUUUGUUAUCGUCGUCCGAACUAACACGUUUCUGUUUGCAGGAGCAGUGGAUAUAAAUGACUGCGAGUUUCAUCCGAUCCAGAGGCAUCUCAUUGAUUUGACUGAUUCAACUGACGUCCUUGUCAUCUCUCAAGACCAGCGUCUUAAUGACGUAAUUCAGCACAUAGUCAAACGCGGUUACAGACUCUACGUAGCAGCUGGAGCAGCGGACACUGGGAAACCGAGCUGCUACAACCAAUGA